CGCAUCGAACGGAAUCACAUAGGGACACGUGCGCCCUCACAUCAGGUCCCUGCCCCCGUGGAACACAGCAGCAUCGGGGUUACUUUCCAUAAAGUGUCGAGCCCCACCACUGAUGGGAACCUCGGGUCUUUGCCACAUCGGUGCGCAUAGCCUUCUUCAGCAGAGCAGCACUUACUAACAGGAGGCUGCAAGAGCUCUCCCUCGGACAAUACCAUGAAGUUAGAAGUCCUUCUCCUCCUUCUGUUGGGGUUUUGCAAACUGUCCCCCGCCAAGAUUGCCGCUCCAAAUGAGUUUGUGUCCUUGGCAGAGAUGGAGGAUGCUCUGCUCAAGAACCUUUUUCAAGGCUACCAGCGCUGGGUUAGGCCAAUCCAGCGUGCCAAUGACACUAUUAAAGUACGCUUUGGACUCAAGAUCUCUCAGCUGGUUGAUGUGGAUGAGAAAAAUCAGCUAAUGACGACUAAUGUUUGGCUGUGGCAGGAGUGGAUUGAUUACAAGCUGCGAUGGAGUCCAGAUAAAUAUGGAGGAAUCACUUCCAUCAGAGUUCCUUCAGAAAAUAUCUGGCUCCCAGACAUUGUCCUGUAUGAGAAUGCUGAUGGGCGGUUUGAGGGCUCCCUGAUGACCAAAGCUAUUGUGAAGUACAAUGGGGCCAUCACCUGGACACCACCUGCCAGUUACAAAUCUGCUUGCACUAUGGAUGUCACCUUUUUCCCUUUUGAUCGCCAGAACUGCUCCAUGAAGUUUGGGUCCUGGACCUAUGAUGGGAGCAUGGUGGACUUGGUUCUCAUGGACAACCAGGUUGAUCGGAAAGACUUCUUUGAUAAUGGGGAGUGGGAGAUACUCAGUGCCACUGGUGCUAAAGGAAACAGAAAAGAUGGCUUGUUAUUCUAUCCCUUCAUCACAUACUCCUUCAUCCUGAAGAGGUUACCCUUGUUCUACACACUGUUCUUAAUCAUCCCUUGUUUGGGUUUGUCCUUUCUGACCGUCCUGGUCUUUUACCUCCCCUCAGAUGAAGGAGAGAAGCUUUCGCUCUCUACCUCUGUCCUAGUGUCACUUACUGUGUUCCUCCUGGUCAUUGAAGAGAUUAUACCCUCCUCCUCCAAGGUCAUACCCUUGAUUGGAGAGUACCUGCUCUUCAUCAUGAUUUUUGUCACCCUCUCCAUCAUUGUCACAGUCUUUGUCAUCAAUGUGCACCACCGCUCCUCAGCCACUUACCACCCAAUGUCGCCAUGGGUUCGAAACCUCUUCCUUCAGAAACUACCCAGAUUGCUGUGCAUGCGAGGGCACACUGAUCGCUACCACUACCCAGAGCUGGCUCCUGAAAGCCCUGAGCUGAAGCCUCGCUCUGGAGGUCGGAGAGUCCAGAGGACAAACAGCAGUGCGCGUGGACAGACAACUUCUGAUGGGAAGGAUGAAGAGGCCUGGGCUACUAUGCUGGAGAAAGCCAUCUAUUCGGUGCGCUACAUCAGCAGACAUAUCCGCAAAGAACACUUCAUCCGCGAGGUGGUACAAGACUGGAAGUUUGUGGCCCAGGUGUUAGACAGAAUCUUCCUUUGGGCUUUCCUCACAGUCUCAGUACUGGGAACCAUCCUUAUCUUCACUCCAGCUCUGCAGAUGUUCAUGAAAAUCCCUCCUCCAACUCCAAUUGAGGAACAAGCUUCAGAACCAUUACAUUAACCAAGCUCUUUCACAGGCAGCUGAUAAUCUGCCUUAAAAGAAUCUAUUAAAUAUGUUACCACUGAGCAAAAAGAAGCAACUAAGUAUGCCAGUAAGUCAUGAAAUCAGUAUGUUUCAAGUUUUUAUGUUGGCAUAACACUCUGUUUAUAGGUAACUAUAACUGUCUCAGUAAACAGUAGUCCCACCUGUGCUAAUUUCCAUCUUGUAAAUUGCCAAAAUAAAAAAAAAACAUAAAAACUUAAAACUCCACACAAAAUUGUAUUUAGCUAUCACUAUACUAGAUCAAAGUAAAACCCAAUAAUUGCUUUAUUGUUUAUGUUUAUAACCAACGUCACAUAUAAUUUGAUGCUGUUUGUGGAAUGUUUUUUCACCUGGCUGCAAAACAACUUUCCACUUUUGGAAACUGGUUCAAAUAUCUAACAUGGCAUUGUCACUUCAACAGUACAUUCUACAUGUAAUUUUUUCUGUCACUAUUAAACAUUGCUUACCUGGAGCACAAAACACCUUUUGCUGUAGCUACGUUUUGCAGUAACCUGUAAGAAAAAUAAUUUCUGUAAAGGUACCAACAAUCUUUGAACUACCUUACAUACAGAUCCCACCACUUUGCACAAGUUUGCACAAGUUUUGACUUUUGAUUACGCACAUUAAGGGAAUGAAAGUAUUAAAGCAGGGAUGCUUAACUUGCUUUUCCCUGGAGUCUUUUUACAUGACAACAGGAAGCCAAUUAAUAUACAUGAACAAAGCUGAUCUUUCUUUGAAAACAUUUAUUUUCAGAUGAAUUAACCUAUUGCCAACAUUAGCUUUGUGCAAGGAGCGACUCUUGGACCAGAUAAAUAAUAGAUUUUACUGCAUUUAUUGGAUGUGUCUAUAUUUUAAUUGAACGUUUUGCAUACAUUUAAAAGAGUUUAUAUAUUAAGUAGAGCUAGAAUCUCUUUCUUUAGUGAAUCUGAUGAGGUUUGGGGGCCUAACAAAUACCCUUUAGUGGUCCUGAUUUGGCCCUCAGGCUGUAGGUUGAGUGUCACUGCACUGAAGCCCAAAUGUGUGCUGUUCUGUUUCAGUAGCAUUUACUGAGUUCUCAUCUGUGUCAUCCUCCUCACAUACAUAUUUGUCACACCAGGUAAAGAAGACAUUUAAAGUUAUAAUGAAUGAAUGAAAACAACCCUUGAAAGUUUAUUUGUAUUGUUCAGAUGUAUUUAAUCAUACUAAUAAAGUUGGUUUAAAUACACAAGUGUUUUUGAGUCAUGAACUGAUGUGUUUUUUUGUAUUUGCUUUUAAUGUUGUGCAAAAAUGGAAGUCACUGUAAUACCACAAAUGGUGUAAC